AUGCGACUCGCCAAAAGAAUUCAUGCGACUCGCCAAAAAAGAAUUCAUACUGACGACUCGCCAAAAAAAAUCAUGCGACUCAUAAAAAGAAUUCAUGCGGCCCGCCAAAAAAAAAUUCAUGACUCUCGCCAAAUUCAUGCGACUCGCCAAAAAUUCAUGCGACUCGCCAAAAGAAUUCAUACGACUCGCCAAAAAAUUCAUGCGACUCGCCAAAAAAUUCAUGCGACUCGCCAAAAAAUUCAUGCGACUCGUAAAAAAGAAUUCAUGCAACUCGCCAAAAAAAUUCAUGCGACUCGCCAAAAAGAAUUCAUGCGACUCGCCAAAAAAAUUCAUGCGACUCAAAAAAGAAUUCAUGCGACUCGCCAAAAAUUCAUACGACCCGCCAAAAAGUUCAUGCGACUCGCCAAAAAAGAAUUCAUGCGGCCCGCCAAAAAUUCAUACGACUCGGCAAAAGAAUUCAUGCGACUCGCCAAAGAAUUCAUACGACUCGCCAAAAGAAUUCAUGCGACUCGCCAAAAAAUUCAUGCGACUCGCCAAAGAGUUCAUGCGGCCCGCCAAAAAGAAUUCAUGCGACUCGCCAAAAGAAUUCAUGCGACUCGCCAAAAAAUUCAUGCGACUCGCCAAAAGAAUUCAUGCGACUCGCCAAAAAAUUCAUGCGACCCGCCAAAAAGAAUUCAUGCGACUCGCCAAAAAAAUUCAUGCGACUCGCCAAAAAAAAGAAUUCAUGCGACUCGCCAAAAAGAAUUCAUGCGACUCGCCAAAAAAAAUUCAUGCGACUCGCAUGCGACUCUUAAAAAAGAAUUCAUGCAAAUCGCCAAAAAGUUCAUGCGACCGCCAAAAGAAUUCAUGCGACUCGCCAAAAGAGUUCAUGCGGCCCGCCAAAAGAAUUCAUGCGACUCGCCAAAAGAGUUCAUGCGACCCGCCAAAAAUUCAUGCGACUCGCCAAAAAAAAUUCAUGCGACUCAUCGCCAAAGAGUUCAUGCGGCUCGCCAAAAAGAAUUCAUGACUCGCCAAAAGCCAAAGAAUUCAUGA